GAACAUAUAUUAGCCAUUGAUCCCGCAAGUAUUGCCCACUUCUUUUUUUGAUUCUCCCGGUGUAUAUCUGGUUUAUCCCAGCAGUUAUGAAGUCAUUCGUCCCGUUAAACCGAACUCUCAACGCAAUGACCAUCCCGAAAAGCCCUGUCACGACUAGGUUCGGCAGAUAUCAAAGAAACUACAGUGCUAGCCGUUCACGAAGUGAUGGCCUCCCCGGGCUCGAUUACUCCAAGCUCACUGUCACAAGAGCCGAAACUCCGAAGGAGCUGCAGCAGAACAAGGACCUUGUGUUCGGAGCCACCUUCACCGAUCAUAUGCUCCAGGUGAAAUGGAACACUAAAGAUGGAUGGCUUGCUCCAAGUAUCAUGCCAUACCAGAAUUUAAGCCUGGCCCCAUCUGCCUCUGUCUUUCACUAUGCGUUUGAGUGCUUCGAGGGUAUGAAGGCCUAUAAAGCCGGAGGCGGCUCUAUUCGCUUGUUUAGACCAGACAAGAAUAUGGCAAGACUGAAUAAGUCGACCCAGCGUAUCGCACUCCCUACCUUUGACACCGAUGUAAUGACCAGACUCAUUGGCGAUCUUGUUAAACUGGAUAGCAGAUUCAUCCCUAGCGAGCGGGGCUACUCUCUCUACCUGAGACCAACCGUUAUUGGAACACAGGAAUCCCUAGGAGUUGCUGCUCCUGGAUCUGCCCUUCUCUUUGUGAUUGCUAGCCCUGUGGGUCCAUACUACCCCACUGGCUUCAAGGCCGUCUCCCUUGAGGCUACUGACUAUGCCGUCCGUGCCUGGCCUGGUGGUGUAGGUGACAAGAAACUCGGCGCAAAUUAUGCCCCUUGCAUUGUCCCACAAAUGGAAGCAGGAACUCGAGGCUUCCAGCAGAACCUGUGGCUCUUUGGUGAGGAAGAGUAUGUCACCGAAGUCGGAACCAUGAACUUGUUCAUUGCAAUGAAGAACCAGGAAACUGGCAAGAAUGAGCUUUUGACUCCUCCGCUGGAUGGAACCAUCCUCGAGGGUGUGACUAGAGACUCUGUCCUAGCCUUAGCUAGAGAGAGACUUGUCCCCAGAGGAUGGGGCGUAUCGGAGCGUAAAGUCACCAUGAAAGAAAUUUCACAGGCCUCAAAAGAUGGCAGACUUAUCGAGGUCUUUGGUGCCGGCACUGCUGCCAUUGUGAGCCCAGUCCGUGACAUCAGCUGGAAAGGACAAAAGAUCGACUGCGGCCUUAAGAAGAACGAAGAGGCCGGUAAAGUCGCUCUUGAAAUGAAGAACUGGAUCGAGGAAAUCCAAUAUGGUGAAGUGGAGCAUGAAUGGAGUGUCCAAGUGUAA